CUCCUCUACUGUCCAAGCGCUUUGGUGCAGGGACAGCGGCCGUCCUCAGCCAGUCCAGUGCAGGCUCUCCGCCGAAGGCCGGCUCUAGACGGUGGUAUGCUCUCGAUAGUAUAGUGCUGGCCGACUGCUGCUGUGGUUCUCUGCCGGUUGUGCUUCUUGUAAUCCUCUGUCGUGCUUUGGUAAUUGUAUCGAUUAGAGUUAACUGUCUUGACUUGAAUUUUGUCCCUUUAAAACUGCUGUACUUGUGCAAUAAAGAUGCAGUACCUUUCUCUUAAAAAUUUUUUCUACGGAAAGCCGUAAGAAUUGGCUGAUGGGAAUUCAGACUUCAGAGCGGGAUUAUGUCAUUAUUCCUGGAAGUCCUAAAGUUGCUCUUUUCAGCAGCUGAGUAUUGACAUGUUUUAGUAAAAGGUGUGCAUCUUUACGUUAUUUCAUGGACACUUUUUAUAUUGUAACUUAGAUGUACAAUAAGUUAAAAUACACGUCUCAGGGACUUCAUUUGUUUUGUUUUUAGGAUUUAAAAGUUAAUAGAUUAAUGUUCUCACUGUUUGAGUACUGAAAAUUUAUUAGAACCAAAAACGUUACUGAUGGUUAUGUUGAUGAAGUGUUUGAACUGUUCAGUUGAAUUGCUCUGAGACCUACGGCCUUGGUGCCAUCACAUGGGUUUUUCCUCCAUUACCUCUUGGUGCCUGGAGCAAGGGCUUCCAGAGCCAGGGGCCACUAGCUGGCGUUUGUUGACUGUAUCACUGAGAAAUCGGGAGCGGGUUUGUGUGUCCCCUUCGCCAGGGUUUAGGGCAGAGAUAUUGGGGGGGGGGGGGGUGGGGGUAUCAGUCAAAUUCGGCAGCCUGACUUGGCUCCCCUGUGGGGUGGCCUGAUCUUAAGGCUCGCCGUAGUGGGAUACGUUAGGAGCAGUAAACGUAUGAUCUAGUUGACUGUCUUCUCUUGGGAUUCAUCUGUUGUUUUUGCAGUAUUGAUGAAAUUAAUAUGAGAUCUGAUUUUGGUCUAUUUUAGAGAAACAGAUCUAAAAGAAAAUGUUGAAAUGUAGCCAAUUUUAAAACCCUUAAGCUUAUUAAAAAUGCAAAUGUUUUGUAUUUUUAUAUCUUCUAAAGUACAGUGUUUUUUAAAUGUAUUGAUUAUGAUGAAACUUGUAGUGUUUUGUUGCUUUUGUCUGAUUUUAUGAAUGUUCAUUUUAAGACUCCUUAUUGAAAUGGGACAAUUUGGAAACGGUUCUUUGAUAAGCCUGAGAAGAGGACUUCCCUUUGGGCAUUGAGUCUUCCUCUGCAUGAUGUUCCCAUGCACCCAAGGGUGUUUUCCCUUUCCAAGUGGACUCCGUCACGGAACGAGAAGGGCCAGACCCUGAGCGCCUCUUCAAGGAAAAGGGACACGAGAGGACGGCUUGUCUCCGAAGAGCCCUCGCAGGCUGCCUGCUCAGCCCAUUCAUUUGAGAAUUACAUGAACGACAGCCUUCGCACAGACGUCUUCGUGAGGUUCCAGCCUGAGAGCAUCGCCUGCGCCUGCAUUUAUCUUGCUGCCCGGACACUGGAGAUCCCUUUGCCCAAUCGUCCCCAUUGGUUUCUUUUGUUUGGAGCAACUGAAGAAGAAAUUCAAGAAAUCUGCUUAAAAAUCCUGCAGCUUUAUACCCGGAAAAAGGUUGAUCUGACACACCUUGAAAGCGAAGUGGAGAAGAGAAGGCACGCCAUCGAAGAGGCCAAGGCGCAGGCCAAGGGCUUGCUGCCUGCUGGCACCCAGGUCCUGGACAGCACUUCAGGGUUCUCGCCUGCCCCCAAGCUGGCAGAAUCCCCCAAAGAAGGUAAAGGAAACAAGCCUUCCCCCCUGUCUGUGAAGAACGCCAAGAGGAAGAUGGAGGGCAUGAAGAAAGCCAAGGCUGACAGCCCGGUGAACGGCUUGCCAAAGGGGCGAGGGAGCCGAAGCCGGAGCGGGAGUCGUGAGCAGAGCUACUCGAGGUCCCCGUCACGAUCUGCUUCUCCUAAGAGGAGAAAAAGUGACAGUGGCUCCACGUCUGGCGGGUCCAAGUCACAGAGCCGCUCACGGAGCAGGAGUGACUCCCCACCGAGACAGGCGCACAGAGGUGCUCCCUACAAAGGCUCCAAGGUAAGGAGCUAUCGGAAGUCUAAGGACUGCAAGUACCCCGCCCAGAAGCCACACAAGUCCCGGAGCCGGAGCUCCUCUCGCUCUCGAAGCCGCUCACGGGAGCGGGCAGAUAAUUCUGGGAAAUACAAGAAGAAAAGUCAUUACUAUAGAGAUCAGCGAAGGGAGCGUUCUCGGUCUUACGAGCGAACAGGCCAUCGCUACGAGCGGGAUCACCCUGGGCACAGCAGGCAUCGGAGGUGAGGCGUGGGGCUCCCAGAGCGCUGCCCUCUGACCCUUGGUGUGUACACCCCGGCGUGACUGGCCCUGUGGUGAGACUCUUUUUGGAAGCGGCUGUUGACUCUGGACCUUGUGAUGAGUUUGGAGAUGGAAUCCAGAGGCCGGCGAGGUGCCCUUUAGGCCGGCCUGAGCACGGCGCACAGCUGUGCCGGCACAGGGCCCACCUCGGCAGCAGCCCCGUGGCCGCUGGAUGCGGACGUCCUGGUGGUGUGGCUUGGUGCUAACGACAGGCUGUGUCUUUACUCCCGUACCGAUACUGAAUUACGUUAAACCAAGAAAAUGACUAUUAGAAUCUUUGCCUAUAUUAGGUUGUACUUAUGUACAUAUUUUGCAGCGUUUCACAAUGAGAAAAUGGCCUUAACAGCCCCUUAUUCUCUAUCCACCUUGUAAAUAAACAUGUGUUUAAUACAAGUUAAAGCUAUAUAUGAAAACUCAGAACUUGAAUUCCGUCAGCUUAAAACUUGUGUAGAGAAUUCGGAUUUUUAAAAUGUGAAGGUAUUUAGAUCUGUGUUGAAAGUCGUAUAUUUUUAUCUGUGCGAUGCUGAGUGCAGGCCACCAGCUCCUAAAUAGAGAAGUUUCCUAUAUAUGCAUUUUACGUGGUUAAAUAAACAAUUCUCUCUACUCAGGACA